AUGUGGCUCGAACAAAAAUCAGCACUGUACCUUGCAGUGGAUCUCGACACGGGUAUUGACCGGGAUCUACUAUCCCUGUCGACCGAAUUUCUCAGCACAGCAUCAAGUGGGCUUCCACCCUUAAAUGGCGCCAUGAAGCGGUUCGGACCAGCGUUCAUGACAGCUCUCCCAUUCGUGCUUUACACUCGCUUGUGGCGUGCCCUUCCUUGCCAAGAUGAGCUGAACUGGGGCCUAGGGCCUGUUUCUGAUAGACGACAAGUCCCAAUCAAUAUGGUAGCGCCAUAUGAACCACAAUCAUUUCGUCAUAUCUGUCCUUAUCAAAAUCGAUGCAUUAGGCUCGAAGACCGCGGCUGUGUCACCUGUUGUACCACUUCAGGCGUCAGCUCGAUCGCCAGAAUAUCCAUGGACUCAGUGACAGCACAUACAUCGCGACUGAGCCAGAUUGCCGCGACGGAAUUAUUGCAGAGAAACCGUGAGCCAUGGGCCGUGUCGACUCUGUAUUCAGGGCAGGCAUCAUUAUCCGCACAAACUUGGGUGAGUAGCCAGUCAGUCACUAUCUCGUGUAGUCGACUUUUCUCUCGAAAAUUUGAGUUCACGGAGCGAAGCGAAGCGAAGCGAGCCAACGAGCGUGGCGGUGGCGCGAACCCUUCCCGCCGUCCACAGCUUUCGGAAGUCGUUGCCGAAGACGAAGACGCCACAGCCAGCCCUUUCUUUCUAUUCGAAACAGAUUUCAUUCCCAACGCUGCUUGGAUCCAAAAAGAAAAUUUUUCUCUUCAUCUCAAGAACAUGUUCGAAGUAGUGGACACGAUCUGUCGAAUUCUUCUUCUUCAUUGUUAACCACUCGAAAUAGUUUGCUAGCAUAGUUGUCACGAUGAUAACGAGCAUACCAUACCGGUCCGGCCAAGAGAGGAGCUGACACUUGCUAGGUACCAGGGCACUGGAGUCGUGUCUUUCCUGUCGUCCUUCAUACCAACUUCAAGCACAAAUCGAAGCAAGGUUUUCACGCUCUGGUCUCAGGCGCGACCUCGACACCACAACUAAAGAUAGCUAUGGCAUGCCACAUUGAGCCUAUUGCGACUUUGCCGUCUAGGCAUUGAUGGGAGGAAGGGUUGACAUCCCAUGCGUGAACAGAUGAUGACACAGGAGGCUGGCAAACGGACGCAAGGAGGUUCUGACGGGUCACGCAGAGGUGACAAUUGGAAGCGAGUGACAAAAGCUUGCGGUACGACUGACUUGCACUUGGCCAACCUAGGCCGUAAGAACACCUCGAAUCAGGUACGGCUAAAGGGAUUCACUACAGUUGCGAAGCAUUCUGUGUCAUUUUCGGCUUGGCCUAAAGAGCAACAAUUGCUCAUGAUUGAUUCUGUGCCAUGAGGUUUGACGUAGCGUUCAGCUCUGGCCUUACCGACGAUGAAUCUCCUUGACAGAAAGAACGAUGAAUCAGCGGCAGGGCCCUGAUGGAUGAUGU